AUGCAGCAUGCCGCAGUCUUCGACUAUCCCACUCCCCCUGCCUCCCCCGCAGCUUUUGAGCAUCCCAGAUGUCCAAUCCAACAGCAACACCACCAGUCGCCCGUGGUAGCUCAACCUUUUCAAGGACGAUGCCUCCCGCCCUCCCCUGAGGCGCGGAUAGGAAUGUUACUGGAUGGGAAGCUUCAGCUAACCAAGGUUUUGGGAACUGGUGCCUAUGGUGUUGUAUACGGCGCCGUCGAUAUCAACACCGGGGUCCAGUAUGCCGUCAAGUGCCUCAGCAAGUUUAAUGCCGAUGGAACUCCCUUGGAUCGCCGUCAAUACGCUUUCCAGAAGCGGGAAAUCCGACUCCACUACGAAGCCUCAGAUCACUCCAACGUUGUCUCUAUGCUGAGGAUUGUGGACCAACCCGAUUGUAUAUAUGUUGUUCUCGAAUACUGCCCGGAAGGAGAUCUUUUCUACAACAUCACCGAGCGCGGGCAAUACGUUGGUAAGGACGAGCUAUCUAGACGUGUCUUCCUCCAGAUCCUAGAUGCCGUGGAACACUGCCACAACCGUGGCAUCUAUCACCGGGACCUCAAGCCAGAAAACAUCCUCGUCACGGACAAUGGUGAGACCGUCAAGCUUGCCGAUUUUGGACUCGCCACCUCUGCUCCCCGAUCCGAUGAUUAUGGCUGCGGUUCCACUUUCUAUAUGAGUCCAGAAUGUCUGGACCCAUCCGCGAGGAGGCCUUACUACCUCUGCGCCCCUAACGAUGUCUGGAGUCUGGGUGUUAUCCUCGUGAACCUGACUUGUGGUCGUAAUCCCUGGAAGCAGGCCUCGGUUGAGGAUUCGACAUACAGGGCCUUUUCUAGGAACCCCGACUUCCUGAAGACUAUCCUUCCGCUGACGGAUGACUUGAAUGACAUCCUCCGCCGGAUUUUCUCCCAGAAUCCCGACCAGCGAAUUACGCUUCCCGAGCUUCGCGACAGGAUCCUGGCUUGCGCUCGAUUCACGAUGCCGGCCGUGCCCACCGAUGUGCAGACGCCGCCACCGUCUCCCGAGCCCACUAUCGAAUACGUUGACUAUGAUGAGGACGCAAUCAUUGACGAUGCCGAAUACGAUGCGCCUCUCUCCCCCGCCUCGACCGACUCGCUAUCUUCCGACGAAGGUUCUCUCACUUCUAGUGUCGAGAGUGUCGAGGACUUGGAGGAUGCUUUUAUGCAGGAACAGCACAUGCCGCAGCAUACGGACAACCAACAAUGCCAGCCCGCAACGGCCUACGAACCCGAGGAGCCUACGAUGAUCAUGUUCCCGAACCAGGAGUAUGUGGCCCACACGUAUACUGGACCUGUGCCGGUUUCGGUCCCUAUCCAGCAGCCAGUGCCCAUGCACGCUCCUGUCGCUCCGGUUCCGAUUGCCGUCCCGGUCCAGGCUCCCAGCUGUCAGCCCAAGUCCCACUUCACUUUUUGGUGGUGGGACAUGUUGAAGUAUGCACAACAGGUUCCUGUCCUGCAGCCGCAUGUGCCCUUCCAUCAGCAGUUUCCUCUGUUUCCCGUUCCGGGAUACUAG